AUGGGUAUGAUCGCCGCAGUUACCCCAGGUACAAGACAGAGAGCGAGCGUUCCCAGACGAAAGGUGACCGCCAAAGACAUAUCUGAAGCAGGUAAAGUCGAAAUCCACUAUUUUGACGAACGACAACUUCAAGAGGUCGAAAUAAAGUAUAACAAAGUGAAGAUUACACGAGUAGUUGACCCGACAUCACAGCUUGAUAUAAUAUGGAAAACGUCACUGUUGUUUGGUAUCAAUCGUCCGUCAUGGCCUGGAAUGAUGCAGCACGUACUAAAAGGUCAUCACCAAGGCAAGUCAUAUAACAUUAUGAGCUUUACUGGUUCAAUUGGUCAUUUAAUGGCAGGAUCAGGUCUGCGGGAAAUAAUUGAGAUUAUUUACGCUCCUAAUGCAGUCGAUCAUGUACUUAGUGGAAAGGCCAUCUCAAGAGCAGUACGUGCCCAUCUCAUUGUGGACGCGGUGUUAAAUUGUCUAUUGUUUGCGUCAGCUCUAGGAGUGCCAAUACCAAUCCUUCAAGAACCAGCCCGACCCAAAGCACUAAUUGAAGAAGUACGUAUGCUGUUCCAGAAACUAAGAAGUCACCGUUGA